ACCUAACAUAAGGUUGCGGGGAGGGGAGCGCACAUGUUCGGAUGUCGCUCCUCCUGACUGGACACACGGACUGACCGGCUCAUGUCAUCUCUGCUGGGGGGGUGAAGCGAGGAGGGAUCAGCUGCUUUCUUUGGGAUGCUUUAAUGUUUGCGGCCUGCUCUGGUCUCCAGUUACCGCAAUGCCACUGGCGAGAGGAGGGAGAGGUGGAAGGCAGAAGAUGGAGAGGGGGGAGCAGCAAAAAGCAAAUGAGUAAAACAAUGGUGUGUAGAUUUUCAUUUGUGUGAUUUAAUCAGAGAAUGACGGAGCAGGAGGUUAAGGGUAUAGACUACUCUAUAGGCUGUAGUGGCCUGUGAACUGCAUGGGGUGAAAGAAACACUGUAUUGACUGAAGCGGUUAGUAUCAUGGCUGAAACGUCAAAUGAGGUGAGUAGGUGGCUGUGAGUGUGUGGUGGCUGCUCAAUUCUCAACUUUCUGCUGACAAAGUUCUUGGACUCACUCACUGGACUAUAGUGCGCACCAUGGGGCAUUGCGCAGAACCUAUGGCACCUGCCAGUGGAGAGCUUGGUGCAUAAUUGUGACUGAGUGGAGCUCUGAAGCCAGCAUUUAUGUCUCUGCCUCUUCUGCUCUUCUGUACGUCUAUCCACACAACUGCACGUUUUAUGAACCCAGAGUAAGCGUGAGACCUCUCCAGCCUCCUCCACACACAGACGAGCCUAACAUGCCUUCGCCGUCAGACUCCAGCAGCGUGGCUUCGGCCUCCGGGUCUCGAGGCUGGUCGGACAGCCGCAGGGGUAUGUCAGGCCGGGGGCCUGGUGGGGCACGGCUACUCCUGUACCUAGGGCUGUGCCACCUGGGCCUGGGGGGCAUGGUCCUGGCCUUCUCUUUCACCAGCAUGGCCUUCACCUCCUCAGCACGUGUGAGGCAGUCCUGUCCAUUCUGGGCUGGCUUCUUUGUGGUGGCAUCAGGGAUAGUUGGAAUAAUCUCAUGGAGGAGACCUCUGACACUGGUGGUGUCACUGUUCAUGCUGCUGUCUGCAGUGUGUGUGAUCCUCAGUCUGGCCGGCUCCAUGCUCUCCUGUCAGAACGCACAGAUGGUCAAGUCUAUGCUCACCUGCCAGGUGGAGAAUGGUCUGUGUGUGUGCUGCGCGCCCACUCACUCCUGCUCCAUCACAGAGGAGGAGACCUUGGUCCUUUACCUGAAUGCUGACUGUCACUCAGUCAGACAUCAACUGAAGGACCUUUUGUUCAGUGCAUGUGGUCUCAGCAUUCUCUCCACCAUCAUCUGUACUCUGUCCACUGUGACCUGCAGUAUCCACAUAUUCUCUCUGGACCUUGUGCACCUGCUGGCCCCACAUCGGUCUCGUUCGGUCAACCCAGAAUGCACCACUCCUCAGGACGCCUUCCUGACAAACAUCAUGGAUUUUGAGGAGUUUGUCCCACCCAUCCCUCCCCCUCCUUACUAUCCUCCUGAGUACACCUGCAGCUCUGAAACUGAUGCUCAGAGCAUCACCUAUAAUGGCUCCAUGGAGAGCCCUGUUCCUCUCUACCCCACUGACUGCCCCCCUCCUUAUGAAGCAGUGAUGGGACAAAGAGCUGUGAGCCAGGCAACAGUGUAUGACCCCCAUGGCACUGAGCUGUCUGGAGAGAGAGGAACUUCUACUGCCUUCAGCGGAGAAGUGUCCAUGGACAGCGGAUCUCUGUUGAUGUCAGAGAUUGUGGACAUCCCUGAUGAUUCCUCCCCAUCUGAGGACUCCUGUCUGAUGGAAGUUGGGCUAAGGAACCAGGGGGAGAGGGGCAACAGGACCAUUGGUGAGGGGGGAGACGGGGGAGACAGUGGGGAGUACAUCAGCUUCCGUGGUCCCCCGUCUCAGACACCAGAGAGUCCACUGGCAGGAGGACCAAGAGCCAGGCGCUUCAUCAGAGGAGAGAGGUCCAACUCCUGCUCUUCACCCAGCACAGCGACCACCACGUACAGGUCUCCAGUGUUGCGUCGCCAGGCCAUGCUAGCUAGUAGCUGUUCUCAGCUGGAAGCAAUAGGGGGUUCUGACUCUCAACAGCGAUCCUCUGUCCCAGAGUUUCGAGUUCACCCCUCCACUCCCUCGAGCCAAAGAGCUGCCCCAACCUCCUCUGCUCCUCCCACUUCAUCCUCCUCACCUGCCAGUCAGCAGGGUGGUGGUCAGGGUAACGGGCCACCCCUCCCGGGCCAACCAUUGUACCUGCGACGAAGGGCUGGGAAAAGUGAGAAAGAUGGGGAUGGUAUAAGGAAGGACAGUGAAGGGCUCCUACGUCUCGUGAGGUCUCAUAGCGAGCCAGGCCUCGGCUCCUCGACUGAUACAGUUGACUUUGGCUCUGGAGGCAGCAAAGCAUCUACAGACACAGGUCCAUCCUCUGAGGCGUGUCUGUUGCCCCGCACCUCUUUGCCUCCCGCUGCUGCUCUGCCAAGGAAAGGAAGCAUGAAAUCAGCAGUCACGGGGGUGCAGGUUCCCUCCAAACCUCCCCCAACCUCACCCCUGCGUUUACCUAAAGACUGCCACCGUUCCCUUGGAGACCUUAAGGUGACUCGGGGUCUGGUAGCUCGCUUCCUGCAGCGCUCCAAACGCAACCUAUCGUCCUCCUCCGAGCAUGCUGGGAGCACAGGCCAGGGGCCUAAGAGGAGGAGUGGAGCUGAGGGCGCUGCCACCAACCACCUGCCCUUGGAACAAGUGUUGCUAACCCCUUGGAACACCAGCAGAGGACACCCCAACCAUCACCCCCAUCACCCUCAUCGCCGUGGACACCACCAUUCCCAUAGUGACAGUCGACACAACCGGCACCACGGCAGUCGGGUGCCAGAGGGGAUCCACCUGCGCAGCUGUGGAGAUUUAAGCUCCUCCUCUGCGUCACUACGCCGAUUAGUGACCCCUCAUCCACCGCAUGGGUCAUCCGGAGCUCUCUACUCAGAGUCUGCACUGUGAGGAGGAGAGGAGGGUGAAGGAGGGACGGAAGAGGAAAAAUAGGAGGCUUAGGCGAUAACAGGGUUCAAAGGAAGACAGGGAUGUGAAUCUGGAGCAGUUUAGUGGUGAUUACAUUUUGAAAGUCUUUCCUCCUUUUCCUCUUUGUCUCCUCCGUUUCCUGAAGCCAACUGUGCAAAUGGCCUUAUUCAGUGGUGCUCUUUAUCACUCUGAACAUCAGCCCAGAGCUCACACUAUUUCACUGUUCAACAUCAGUGAAACAGUCACUAGAUGCUUAUUUCUGGGCAGUGUGGUCUUUGUUCUAACAGAAUAAAUCCACAAUUGGCCAAGACAACCAGCCAGAAGCAUCUUCUGCUGCUGUACUCUUCUCUCCCACUCUCAAUAUUCAUCUGGAAACACGUGUUCCCUCAAGACUGGAGACAGACUUCAACUAGCAUUCAUGCUACAACAACCACUUACUCACAUGUACAUUCAGACUAUUACAUAAUUAUGGGUUGCAAUAUGCUUCUGGCCCUUUUGUACAUUGCUGUUCAUCCACGGGAUCGCUCAGGUGAAGUGAUCAUGAAAAUCCUUAUUUUGUCUUCCAUUGAUUAAAAAAAAUGCAUCUCAAUAAACAUGUAGUUAGCUGAGUACAGUGUAAGAUAAACAGAUGAGGUUGCACAUGAGGACAAAUUUUCUCUCACAUGGAAAACACUUUACCCAGUUGCUUUUUUUGUCUCUUUCUUUUUGCAGUUCAGAUUCCCACAUUCUCCACGCUUUUCCACCUCCACACUGGCCUUUUAAAAAAAGGCAGCCAGCAUUUUAACACUGAUAUUAAUGCACGCCACAGACACAUGCUCAGUCUUUGAAAUGUAUUCUCUGUGGGUGGCCCCUGGACACGGUGGUUUGAUUUGCAUAUCUGCAUGUUUUUGCUCCAGCCUUCAAAAUACAGCAGGAACCUUGUGCAUUCAAUCCUGACCGUCUGUGUAACUAUGUAACAUGUCCUCAGAAUGUCUUUAUCUGCAUGUUUUGACAAUGCUUCUUACUUUUGUUCCUCUUGCACCCAAGACCUAUGAUAGUAGCCAAUUUGAAAUGUGUUUGUGUGAAUAGAUAGCUGGAGGUGAAAGCCAGAGUCAAUGAUAUGCUGUGCUCCCAAGGUUUUCUGCUCCAAACCUGCCUCUGCAUUCUGAUUUGAUUUUGAUAGGGUUUGAAAAUGUUUCAAGCACACAGGCAUAUCUGUGACACUGGCUAAAGCAGUCCGAUCUUGUAAGAUAGAGAGGUGUAAAUUGCACUCUGGCUCUGACAACAUGAAGAGUCUCUUGCAAUAAAUGUACAGACAAAUUUGUUACAAAGUUAAGCUUCACACUAUGUGUUGGCACAGGUUUUCUUGUGGAGGGGUGGUUAAAUGGAAAAAAAAAAGGCUGCUGAGAGUCCAGUGGACAUAUAAUGGGCCUGGCAGCUCUGGAUACUAGAUUUCGAAGUGUAUUAAUAUUUGUGUCAGAUUGGAGAUUUUGUUUCUUUGGAAAGUUUUUUGUUGUGCUCUCUAAGUGAUAAUAUUGACUCCAUAUCAGUAAAGGCACAUUUUGGAUACACUCAUAUGUAUGUAACUAAUUUUAAAAAUUUACACGUGUACACACUCCCUUAUUAAGGCACUGAGCUGUAUUUCUACCUCCUGUCUUGCAUAAAACAUUAUUUAUUUGAAAGAAAUGUAUAUCUGUAUGGCAGGCUUAACAGGAUAGAGCCUUGAAACCUGAAUAAUAAAUGUAUCUAAAUAUGACACCUAUUCCAGAGUUUAAAUGCAGUGUCAAUGGCAAAAACUUUCAAUGCAAGUUAUGUAUUUCAAAAAUAUGAA